AUGGCCAUCCCGGUUGCCCGCGUGCACCUCAAGGUGGCACACGCAGCUCUCCCGGCGCUUCUCCCGACCCCGCCCAAGUGGAAGAUGCUCCCACUGCUGCCGACGCCGUGCGUCGCCGCCAUCCUACCGAAGCCGCUCGCCAAGCCCAGCCGCACCGACUCCGACGAGAGGUGGGACGCGCACAAGACGGAGUCAGCUACCUCAGCCUCAUCAAGCCCUCUUUCCACUUCAGCCGACAGCGUCAGGAGCUGCGCCGGACGCGGAUCCACCCGCAAGAGCGCGAGCUCGUCGCCGCCCAAGCACAGCCGGGCCGAUUCCGUGGAGAGGUGGGACGCGCACAAGAAGACGGUGAGCCCUGCUGCUUCUUCGUCCUCGUCUUCAGGAACGUCUUCCCUGGCCAGCAGCAGUAAGUGGCCGAUCAGCCGCGCGACGUCCGCCGAGCGCUGGGACGUGCACAAGAAGCGCUGCCCGCCGCUGGCCGAGCUGCUCGACGAUGGCGAGAGCAGCAGUACUGGCAGCAACGACAUCGACGACACGGAGGAGGAGAUACUAUGGAAGCCGCGGGCGAUGUACGCCGGACCGGGCUUCGCCGCCGCCGCGCCGGAACCCACCAUGCUUCCCAUGCCGACAUCGUUAUUGGUUCGCGUUGCAUAG